AUGUCGGAAUCCGAUGAUAGCGACUAUUCCCCGCUUACGUCAGAAUCCGACGAUAGCGACGACUACCGCCCGCCUCAAGUUCCCGGCAUUGAGUUGCCUCUCGAAUACACGCUCCCAGCGGACAAGCGCUUCUCCCAUGGCCUUCACGACUUCCAGCAACGUCCACGACUAGUGCAACGCGAAAUUUCUAUUCUGCGAGUCAUUAACGAGAUCACGGACAAGCAAGACUGGUACCAGGGAGUGUUUGAUGACGAGGUCGUCUUAUCAUGGAAGGCAGACGCGACACAAGACCCCCUGAUCAACGACACAGCAUGGGAUUGGUGCGUGGCCGAGUUACAAGAUAAAGCGCACAUAUACGAGGAGAAGCAGCAUGUCCUAGUGCUUGAUGUUGCAUCUCGCGUUUGCAAAUCUGAUGCCGUCGUUCCUGGCUCUAUCAGAUCUCUGAUGAAGGCCGCAACAGAUCCUCUGCGCCUCGAAGCGGGCAAAACAAAGAUGCCAGAAGACCAAACAUGGUACAACAGCCAGGUCAUCGAUCUUGUGAACCCUUCAUUUCUUGAUCUUUCCUUCGGGAACACACAUGUCUUUUGGUGGGGCGGAAAAACGGAGCUUGAUAAUUUGUUCGGCUCAAGUUGGAUAGAUUGUGUAGAAGACCAACAAGACUAUUACGACAGACAAGACCCUUGCUUGGGCUAUCUCUGGAAUUGUUGGUCUCAAUGGCUGCCUUCCGAGGUACAAUUUGAUGACGGGACAGCUACAGGCGUUCGAAUCACCUCAUACAUCAACAAUCUACAUCCGCGAAACAAAACUCUUUACAAAAUGAUAGAACAAGUCAUCUCUCUGGCUAUCGAACACUGGAAUGAUGUUCUUGUGUUUGGUCAGAACGGUCGAACGCCGCCUCGUGUCAAGAUGUCUUACUCAUUCGACCCCCCUUACCCGGACUGGGCCGAAAACUACGCAAAGAGCCAAGACCGGGAUUGGAAACGGCAUGAUCCUCAGCGCUAUGAGCAAGUUCGAAAGAAGGUAAGAGAGUACAUGAACCUUCCAGAUGGAUACAACUACAAAAACGAAGGAGGCGACGUCGAACAUGAUCCCCUGUUGAAUCCAGAGCUGGAUCCUCGGCAGAGUAACCCAGGCAUUGAACCCACCACUGAUCCUGGCCUCCAAGACAAGAUUGAGCAGGGAUAUUUCGACUACAUUGAUGAUCAUGGCAUCAACGAAACGGUCAUGAACAAGUGGAAGCGCAUCAGAAGUCUAGUCCACCCUGAUGCAGGAGACACAUACAACUACAACGAUUGGAAGCGAGGUCGUCUAUCCAAUCACAUCGACAACUGUACUCAUCAUGAACAAGCCACGCAUGACUACUAUACAGUGGAUCUUCGCAAAGACUUCCGAGAACAGGGCCUGCAAGUCGUUGUCAAACUCUCUGAUAUCGAAGUAUCUCCAGAAAAGCCAGAGUGCAAGGGCGAGGACUGGCAUUUGGCAAGCAACCUCAACGAGCACGUCAUCGGCACAGCAAUUUAUUGCUACGAUUGUGAGAACAUCAUUGAGCCUUGUAUCUCAUUUUCUACUGAAACAAGGCCGCAAGAGGGCGAGGUCGGAAACAAAGAGCUCGAAAUGUGGGAACUCGAGCAAAUUACGAAACUCUUUGGGAUUGAAAAAGACCUCCUGUGGAAUGUGGGCGUACAGGAGUUGGGAUCGGUGGCCAUACCUGAAGGUCGGCUUCUAAGCUUUCCAAAUACCCUGUGGCACCGGAGAGAGCCAAUGAGACUCAAUGACAAGACUAGACCUGGUCACUGGAGAUGUUUAGUCCUCUACCUCGUCGAUCCCUACUACCGCAUUUGCUCGACUCGAAACGCGCCACCACAACAGCAACAAUGGUGGGCAGCCGAAGCCUACCACAAGAUCGACUUCUCCAAGUUCCCCCCAGAGAUCUUACAAAUAAUUAUGGAUGAGGUCGGAGAGGGGUGGCCAAUAUCCAGCACUCGUGAUGGCUCCCGGUUCGCAAGCCGCUCCGAAUACGAUAAUUCGAGAUACUACAAGAUCCUCAAACGUGGGAUUGAUCCAAGCACAUUCCCAGAGUCCACUUAUAACGCUCGCUGGAAUUGCCACGAGUAUAAUGAAGUGUAA